GUUACAUCGAUUCUGGGAUCAGCCUGCAAAUCUCAUGCUUUGUUGAGCCUACAACAACAAUUGUUAGGUCAUGUUGCUGAAGAGCGAAGUCAUAGUCAAUAGGAAGGUUCCGAUCCGGAUUCGUUCGUGUCGCGAAUGCUCAUCUGGAACAAAUGCCAUCCUAGACAUCUAGCGCAACGCAGUGUUGAGCAUCCUGCUUAUAAACAGCAGUAUAGCCCUUUGCGUUUGGAUGGGACGACUGACUUCUCAUUAAUAUCAUUUGUCACAAAUAUCACAUCUCGAGCCUGCCUCACUAAAGAUACCUUAUUUUCGUAUAAGUCACAAACACUUCUACGCCCACCAAUCCCAACCCCUCCAAGAUCCAAAAGAAAUAUACCACAACCAUGCACCUCAAAGCCCUCGCCACGAUGAAUACUCUCACUCUAGUGGUUCUCGCGCCCUUCGCCAUCGCGCAAUCUUCUUCAUCCGAGACCACUAAGACUUCGGUGAACACGUCCGGCACAAGUGUGGGCUCCGUAGCUUCAGCAACCUCAAGCGCUGCCGUCGUAACCAUGAUGUGGAACAACUCGCCAACCGAUACUACACCAAACACUGCACCCGCAACAUCCGGCUCUACGGAAGCUGGCAUGACAAUGAGCGACGGCUCGGUCAUGACGGGUACAGAUAUGUCGAUGAGUAGCACAACAACAGGCACCGCGCUUGCAGGUAUGGCGGGUAUGAACAUGAGCUCGGCGGGUAGAGUGGAUAUUCCAGGCGUGAGGAAUGGGAUGGCGGGUAUUGGAAUGAUCGUCGUGAGUUUGGGAGCGGGUGUUGGACUUGUAUUCGGGAUGUUGUAGUAUAAUGUAUGGGUAUAAAUAAGAUGAAC